AUGAUCGAAGAAGCGAACCGUGUGAUUGACGGCGAGGCACAAUAUGACGGAGAGAAGUCCAGGAUGAGUGCGAUACAAAAAGCAUGUUUGGAUUUUUGUGUCGAGUUGUUGAACAUGGAGAUCGAGUUCAGCGAGUAUGAAAGUGCAUUAGUAUAUGCAUUGGCCGUUUUGGGCGUCAGUGAAACAGGAUGGCGAGGCCCGGAUUCAUACCCACCCAUUUUAUCGUCCGUGAUCAAGUGCGCCAGGUUCAUGGUGGUUCAGAAGGCCGUUCACAUGGCGAGAAGCCCAGUAGAGAAUGAGCAUUUCGCAGGCAGGCGGAAGAUGGAUUUGGACGAGGAUAGUGGAUACGACAGCAAUGGUACAGCAAGUCCAAGUCCGUCGUCCAGGGUUCAGUGGAGAAGCCAUGGCAGGUCAAGCAGCCCAAUCCCACACGAACCGGUGUCGCCGAACCGGUUUAGAUGGGCCAGUUCAUCCGUACAUGGUCGGAGCAGUCCAGGCAACCCAUCGAGUCCAGUCAUGGAACCACGGGGCCGGCCGCAGACACGUCGUGCAAGGAGUUGUUUGGAUUUCGUGAACGACAUGAUGGACCAAUUCAUGGUCCGCGGAACGAAAGGCCCAAUACAGUGGAUGUUGGAUUUGCGGACAUAUAGAUUGAAGAUCCAUUACAAUACGACCAGCAGUGGCCAUGUCGAGUGGUGUAAUGGUGACGAGUUGUUAUACAAGAAAGCGCAGUUCAAUAUGGCCCAGUUCCGCGGCAUGGUGCACGGGUUGGUCGAGCAGAUGCGACGGAUCAUGUUUGACGAAUUGUUAUUUUGUGGCGGUAAGAAAGCAAAGGACAUUCCAAACGUGCCAUGGAAUACCAUUCGGGACGAUCCAACCAAUACAACACCCGGGUGGAGUUUUUUGGACGAUGAGCGCACAUGGUUACCUAUUAACAGCAAGCAAUGGUUGUUCGACCGCAUUGGACAGCAACCCGAGGUUUGACGAAAGUUCGAACGAAUCGGAUCUAAGUCCGGGUUGAAUGGGAUUGAAGUGGAGAAGUAUAUGGCCAGUAUUGUGCAGUUUCGCGAGAAGUUGUUAGUAGCGGCGCAUAUCACGGGAGGGCAGCCCGCGCGUGGGACCGAGAUAUUGAGUAUCCGGCAUAGCAACACAUGGAAAGGCAGACAUCGAAACGUGUUCAUCGAGGACGGUUUGGUUGUGUUUGUGACCAAAUAUCACAAAGGUUAUGCGUUGAGUGGUGACGUCAAGGUCAUUCAUCGGUAUUUGCCCCGGGAGAUAGGCGAGUUGGUUGUAU